AUGGCCACUGCCCAACUUCCAGCAGGUAGUGUUCCUCGCGGACUACCUACAAAGGAAGAAAUCCAGGAAUAUGAGAAAAUCUUAAAAAUAAGUGACGACAUCUUUUCUGGGACUCACCCUAGGUUGAAGGUACCCCAGCAGUUCGUGCGAAAGGCCGCGGUCCGAAACAAUCCUGCCCCAAAUCAAGCUCAGGUAAAAUCCGGUGACCAACCGGUGUCUUCUUCUCCCGGGAAGAUUUGCCCCCAGUCCGCGGCUACUACGCCAACGAUACCUCCGGACACGCAAGGAUCCAAUGCCGGCCAUGCGGCCUCUGCUUUGGCUGCGUCCUCGCGCGUCAUGCCCAGACCGACGUCCGAGAUUGACCCGAUCUUUCUGACCAAGUCAGAUGAUCUUGUCAGAGCAGAAUUACAAUUACAGCGGCAGAGAGUGGAACGGUCUUUGCGGGACCAACUGGACCAGAAGAGACAAGAGUCCCGGCAGAAAGCGUCGAUUCAGGACGCGAAGCCUGACUUCGACGUGUCCGAGGUGCUCCAGAAGGCCUUCGAGAUGGUGAAUCCCUCGCCCUCUGUCGAUGCCCCCGGUGCUAGACAAACCAGUGAUUCGUUCGAUGACAACUCGUUCUAUUCGAGCCGGGCCCCUGAUUCUCCGCAGGAAGGGCCAUCCCCAAAACGACCCACACAUCACGAGCUUGCUACUGAAGUCCCAAGAGAACCUUGUUCAGAUGAGUUGCAACGGCUUGAGGCCCUCAACCGACCUGAAUCGGAUCAGGAUAUGCAAGAUACUUACCCCGUUGCAGACGCGCGAUUACCCUACCAGCAUCAGAGGCCGUCACGUUAUGUCGAUACAGAGUAUAUGCCGGGCCCCAGAUACCAGGCGGCCCCGGUCCCGGUGGAUGCUUUCGAAGAACCAGAAUACUCACCACCUGCUCCAGGUGUGGCACCAAUGGAACGGGAAACAGGUCAUGAAUAUCAUCCACGAGGGUAUCCCAGCGGACCGAAGCGACGAGGGCCCCAAGACAACCGAUCGUCCGACCGCGGCCGUUACUCUCGCAGGUCGAUAUCGCCCGGGGACGAUGUAAGGGUUGUUCGAAACCACAUAACGUCACCGGCAGCGCCGCAGCCAUCUAGGGUCUCACCGCUAGCGAUCGCUAAGGUCCCCUCUGUCCAUCAAACCAAAGUUUCCCGUCCCGAGUACGCCCCCGAAGGUCAGGCGAGCCCCGAUGGUCCUGCACCCCAGCCAUUGGCAUCUAGAAAGCGUAGGAGACUACAUGGUGAAAAAGAUAAGACUCGCGUGGUCUCUCAUAGAACGCAGCCUGGUCGGUCUGAUGAGCCUUACAUCAAGGAAGAACCCGUGUCGCCACCACCAUUCGCCGACACACCCCCAUCAUACCGCGGUCGUCAGCCUCAGGAACGGCCUGUGUAUAUUGACAUCGCGUCUCCCCGCUACACUCCGGUGGUGGAGAGACGAGAACCUCCGGUCAGAGAGCCGGCCUAUGAGCUAGAUCCGUACGAGUAUCCUGGUGAAACGACCAUCCCGCGAACUCUGUCACGAGUCAGCGCCAGACGGCCAAUGCGGGAUGAUCAGGACCUGCGGAGGGUCGCAAGCCUCCACCACACUCGGCAACAGGAAUACCCUCGUGAAUACGUCGACCCUACUAGUCCCCGAGGUAUGCGAGCAGCAUCUUAUGCGGUUGUUGAGCGUCCGCAACAGGAACGAGCCAGGUAUUAUGACGAAGUCGCGCCUCCCACGAGACGCUACAUCGCCGCAGGCGAGGCAUCUUCUUCGCCGCAGUACCGGGAAGCGUACUAUGAAGAGGAACCCGCGAGUCGUAUUAUGGCACCCCCAGCAACACGGCGGAUUGUGGUCGAUGAGCACGGGAACCAUUACUAUGAAACGGUUCCGGCACCGAGGAUGCAGCCGAUGCCUCCCCCCACCAGUCGAUUGCCUCGCAGCGAAGUCUACGACGACGCUCCACAAAUGCGUCAGGCCAGCGUCCGAGCCGCCUCGGUGCUCGAGGACCCCUACGGUGGUCGACGGUACAUGCAAGAGAUGCCUCCACCGCAAGGAGUUUAUCGACGGGUCACCGACUACGCUCGGCCGGCUCCGAGUGAUAGACGAUCCUACGCGCCGCUUGACGAGCGCGAAACUUUCCCUCGCAGCGCCAGCGUCCAGGUCGGGGAUUACGCUGCUCGGCGUCCACCCUACGUGGAAGAGGCCGAGCUUCCCCGUGAACGGGUCGUUCGGAUUCCUAGUGUACGACCACCCACUGCCCGCUACGAGGAACCCCGAGAGAUGCUUCCGCGGGUCGAAAGCGUCCGACCGGGAGGUCGAGAUAUGAGCGUUUAUAUGGAUGAGGAUGCCCGGAGGCCGCGAGAGUACAUCGAGCGACCACUUUACAUCGCAGCGCGACCCCUAGCCCGGGGAGAAGGAUUUUACGAAAGCGGCGAGCCCGAGCGAGUGAUGCUUGAUAGCGGAGUCCAUCGCGUCUCGCAGCGCUAUUGA